ACACACGCUGGAGAAAAAAAAUCUAGCCAGCAGCCACUCUGCUCACGUCUCUCUUUGCCGUUAGCUACCUUCUGUAGCGUUUAAUGAUUGCAUCGUUUCACAGUAUCCUCAACAUAUAUAUAUUUUUUUUACAAUUGCAGUAACCUCUGUGUCGUUUUUAUUACUAACUCAUAGGGUUGUAAAAAAAUAUCGAAAUUCAAGUUACCUAAUCUAUCGAUUGUUUCGGGUAUUGCACAUGAAUAUCUAGCUAGCUAGCUAGCCUGCUAGCUACAACAGUCAAAAUGGCGGACAACGAGGAUGAGAGCGAUGUGUCAAGUACAACAACAGGGGCAGAUCAUGGUACAAUAUAUCAAGUUCAAUGUGUUUCUGGAUUGCCAGAAAAUGAAACCUCUACAGAAUUGGAAAACCAGAACCAAGUCGGCGAUAAAUGUAUUGAAGCGCAGGGCUUGACAGAUUUCCUGCAAAGCUGCACAAAAGAGGAUACAUUCGUUGCAAAGGACUCCCAAGUGGUUGUCGGCCAAACUGAUGGAAAUGAACAACAACCUGAACAAAACAUAACGUCUAUUGUUGAGACUUCAGGUAUUGCAAAUGGUGCAGAGUAUUCUACAGUCAGUGCUGACUUUGUAAACGCUCUGGCACCUGGAACCACCAUUAUUUAUGUGCAACCAGACGGUAGUUUUGUUGAGGGAUCAGGUCUGACUGCAGAGGAGCAGCAACAGCUAGUGGAGCAGUUGGCCAAACAGCAGCUUGUCACAGUGACAGAGAGUGAGGCUGUUCGCCUGUUUGAACAAAAUCAAGUAAUCAAAACACUCCCUACUACUUCAUCACAGACACAGUAUACGAUUCCAAGUACAGCACUGGCUCCCAAUGAGCUGCAACAAGUGCUAGAGCAAGUGAUCAAAUCUCAGCAAUCUAUGGCCCAGACACCCAAGGAAUCGGAGCAGGUUGUGACCACUCUGGACCCCACAACUGGCUUGUUCACGACUGUUGCAGCUUCAGAGAUUACAGUAGGAAGCCCACAUCCACUGGUCACUAUGCAGAAUGCAUCACAGCAGCUGAAGAAGGUCGCGAAACAAGUGGCACUUCAGUCCCACAAUGGUACGCGCCUGGUCCCGAAAAAGCAGGAAACCAUCCGAAUCCAAGUCCAGAUGCCCUCUGGAAAGCAGGAGGUGAAAGGACCUACGCAGGCUACCAUUUCAAUUCCCCAACAGAAGAACUUGGCUUUGACGAGUCAAGGCCAGCAGGUCAAAGUGUCUACAAAUGGCAGUGUGAGCAGCAGCCCCCAGAUCAUCCACAUCACACCCAUGGUUGGACAGCAACAGUACUUCCUACAGCAGAACCCUGGAGACCCUCCCAUUCAGCUGCUUCUGCAGAGUUCAACCCCUGUGGUUGGCAGCCUGGUUCCCAUUGUGCACAAACUGCCCAUACCUGUUCAGACCCCAGUCCAGCAGCCUUCUGGUAAGGCCCCGGUCAACGGCACAGCAGUUAAACCUGCCACCGCUGCUGCCACCACGUCUGUCUCUGUCCCAGCCUCCACAGUGGAAAAAGUUAAAAGGGUCAAAGCCAGAGUGAAGAAGGCACCGAAUAUCAAAACCCGUUCCGGGAGGGUGUCCAGACCGCCCAAGUACAAGGUGAAGGACUAUAAGUUCAUCAAGACAGAGGAUUUGGCCGAGGGCCAUCAGUCAGAUUCUGAUGAUUACUCUGAGAUCAGUGUGGAGGAAGAUGAGGAUGGCGGGGAUAGUAAAAAGGGAGCAGCAUCUAUGAGUUACAGUCACAAGCGGAAGGCCUUUCAAUGUGAAACGUGCGAUAAAGCUUACAUAGGCCACGGAGGUCUGUCCAGACACUACAGGCUGAAUCCCUCUCACGGUGAACUGAAGUCCCCUCCUGAAGGGACCCCAAAAACUGACAGCCCUGGUAAGAGAGUAGGCACUGGGGCUGAACAUAAGAAGCCAACUGAAGAGAGUAAUGCCUACAGUGUUAAAAAUACAUCAGGUCCUGAGAAAAGUGAUGCCACAGAGAAAACGGCUGCUGCAACUUCAACCACUCAACAAAAAGUGGAUACCACGGCAGCCCAAGGAGUAGCAGCUUCUACCAGACAGGCAGUGGGCCAGGUAGUGGUCCAGGCUCGGGGACCAGGGAGGCCCAGAGGACGGGGCAGACCACCUACCAAAGGCCUGCCGAUGGUGGCAGCACACCCAGCAGUGAGACGGGGGCGACGGGGCCGACCCCCAAAGCUAGGAGGGGGUGUAGCCAGUGUGGAGCAGCAGGCCCAGCGAAGGAAAGCACGGCUGAAAGAGGUGACACACGAGUGUGAUAAUGAAGAACUGAUGGAGACUGUGCUCCCUCGCCUGGCUAAGGUCAUGACUGUCUGGGAGUUCCUCUUGAUGAAGGUGGAGAAGGGGCGGCAACCCAAAGCCCAGUUUUCGGAUGUCUACCGGGAGUUUGAGCAGCUCCACAGCCAGGUGAAGAAGAUGGCCCGGGACUAUAUCAGUAACCCUCAGCAGGGUGUCCACACAGCCUUGGAGGUCCACAAUGUAGAUGUUGCCAAAUCUCUUGGCAUCGUCGAUGAGGUGAACAGGUUGAAAGUCCUCAACCCUCCAACGCAGCAGAAUGUCACCAACAUGGCAACCAAGAAUGUCCGCUACAUGGAGAAUUCUAAAAUGUUACCUCCAACGAAGAGAUUUAAAAUGGAAAACCGGGUUGGUGUUCAAAUUCAUCAGAACGGUGUUGAGACUUCCAAAAUAGAAUCCAGUGAGGCCAAAGUAGAGAACACCGCAUCAACAAGCAUGAAGAACAAUUCACCACAAACUCAGGCGCCCACCAAGAGCCCCGCGGACCCUCAAGCCACUCAGACUGCUAUCGUCAAACCACAGGUUGUCUCAUCUAACCCAGAGACAAAUGUAACACCCAUGGAACUGAUCCAGGAUCACUUAUCCAACAGCAUGACAGAGUCAAUUGACUCAGCGGGAGGAGAGGAAACCAUGGAGACAGGUCAGGAUGCGUCUGGUACGGAACCAACCGAGGUCCUGAGCACCAGUGACAUGGGCCCUCAAGCCACUCAGACUGCUAUCGUCAAACCACAGGUUGUCUCAUCUAACCCAGAGACAAAUGUAACACCCAUGGAACUGAUCCAGGAUCACUUAUCCAACAGCAUGACAGAGUCAAUUGACUCAGCGGGAGGAGAGGAGACCAUGGAGACAGGUCAGGAUGCGUCUGGUACGGAACCAACCGAGGUCCUGAGCACCAGUGACAUGGGCCCUCAAGCCACUCAGACUGCUAUCGUCAAACCACAGGUUGUCUCAUCUAACCCAGAGACUAACGUAACACCCAUGGAACUGAUCCAGGAUCACUUAUCCAACAGCAUGACAGAGACCGUUGACUCAGCGGGAGAGGCCAUGGAGACUUGUCAGGGUGUGUCUGGUACAGAACCAACUGAGGUCCUGAGCACCACUGACAUAGCAGAUCAAAUGAAAGAGUUAGAGAAGGCCUUGGCCACCGACCCAGUCCCAGUAGAUCAGCAGCCCAACUGUACCCUGGUCCAGGAGAGUGGCCUGACCCAGGCUGUCUCCAGCGGAGGCCAGGUAGUGGUUCAGGAGACCCAGGAAGGCCAGGAGAUCUACAUCCAGACCGAGGGGCUCACCAUGCACCUAGCAGAGGGCCAGGAGGGCGACAUGGCCUCUGAGCGCAUCGUCAUCGUCAACGGGCCUGACGGCACCACCAUGCACAUCCGCGCCCCUGAAGGAGUCCCUCUGGAAGCAGUCCAUGCCCUGCUUGGUAUUGAGGCUGAGGGGAAAACACAGCAGUGAUUUGUUGUUUCUCCAUAUUCAACCCCCUCAACUUCACCCAUAUUGAUUUCUUACUUCUGGUGGAUUUUAUUGUAUUCCAAGUGUUCUUUAUGAAUUUGUAAACAUUAUUUUCGAUGUGGUGUUUUCCUAUUUAGACAAAUUAAUAGCCCUUCCUUAAAAGUGUUUAGUUGUUUGUGAUAUGUUUAUAUGUAGAUAAAUAUCAAAAGCAGUUUAAAAAAAGUUGCACUAUUUUAUUACUUUUUAUAUAUUUGGGUGUAACAUUUUCCAAACAUAAAAUAGGUUUGUAAUACCAUGGGACAUUUAUUCAAUGGAGGGGAAACUUUAAAAGAAAUCGUAAAAGUUGUGGUUUUAUUCAUUUCCAUGUUUCAUUUGUGAUUCAUUGUUGCAGUACAACCAUUUCAUAUACUGUACAGUUUAGCUCAUUUCUCUCUUAAUAAAGAAUGUGAGAACAAA